UGUGCGCAUUUAACAAUUCAAAAACAGAUCGCGAAAUAUUUUAAAAUUUUUUGAAGAACAUUAUUUUGAAUUUGCUUAAAUUUACUUUUUUUUGUCAACGGUUACGUGAAAGUUUGCUUGAGGACAAAAUAGUGAAAUUACUGUUAAAAGACUUGGAUAUUCAAUAUAAAAUCGCUUGUUGCUAUAGUUUUCACUGCGCAUUCAGAAAUAUAAAAAAUGGCUAAGGACGUGCUACAAAAACUUUUGCGUUCCAAAAAUAAACUACGAAAAUCCGAUUUGCUUUCCGAUCAGGAAUAUCUUGAGCUAUCGACUAUGUCCUUUGACGAAUAUUACAGAAGCAAUUUUAACUCCGGGCAAUUGCUGACAAUUACAACAUCAGAAGCAAAUCACUUGGAAAGGUUUCACGAAGAGCUGGAAAAAAAAGUUGAGCGCACACAAAAGCGGAUUCGUGACAAACGGGUUAAGAAAAAGACUCCUACAGAUAAACAUCCCGUUCCUGGUCCUAUCGUUUCACACCCAAAAAAUGCCGAAGUGGAUACAACGCAACAAGAUGCUCUUCAAGAUUCCAGCACCAUUCGUCAUUUGGUAGACGAUAUUGAGAAGAGGAUGGUGGAAGAACCGAUACAAGAUGCUGAACAACACCCUGCACCAGAACAGCAAGCGGUCGUGGAAAUACGUCCUCCGACUGAGGAUGACCUUGAACCAGCUCUACGGAAUUUAAAUGAGUCAUUCAGCAUGAUAGAUUUGCAGCAAAAUUUUCCCCCGAAAGAGAUGCUGAUACAGGAAUCCGACUUACCGUUGCAUGACACAAUCGACGAUGAGAUAGAUCUUGGGCCUCCGGGAGAUGCUGCAGCGUUUUUCGGAGCCGACCAUCCCAUGCCGCUGAGCGACCGUUCGGUUUACAAUCAGCUGUUGCAGGAAUUUCCAACUCUUGGUCGACCGAAGAGGGCAGGAAGAUUCGAAGAGCUGGAAGUGGCACUUGCACCACCUCUGAUAACGGAUCUCAGAACGUCGACGCCCAUUGGUUCUAAUCCGGUCAUGCGUCGAUUCUACAAAACUGAUCUCAGUGCAAUCAAAGGACCAAGUACGAUUGGUGAUAAUCGUAAGAGCGAAGAACAAGCAGAACAGGUUGUUCCAACUGCCGUACCGGAAACAGCCGAAACACAAGCAAUUUUACCCAUUCAGGAAGCAUUACCGUCGAGUGAAACCGUAAGGGAAAAUGUAGUUUCCGAACCAAUUCAAAUUUCAUCAUUGACACAAGUGCAAACGACGGAAAUGGAACCAACCGAAGAAAUUAUUGUUCCACCCGUACCCGGGAUUGAGACGGGUACAACACCACCCAACCGUCAUGUUCCAGUAGAUAUUGAGUCACAUUCGUCCGCCGAACAGCCUGUGAAAAAACCUCGUCGUGUUUGUAAGCCCAAAAGGAGAGCUCGCAUCUUCUCCGCACAACACAAUCCCGCUGCUUCGCACUCAAGAACAACUUUUUCAAAUUUCGACUUGAACAGAAACGACAGCAUGGAAACGUUUGAGCAGACGCGUGCGUUGAUCCAGACUAUCCUCGAUCAACGUGUCACGCGACCAGGUCCCACUAUUCAUUCAUCCCUAAUUAGGCGUGAUAUUUCCGAUGCAGCCGAUGAGUUGAACUCCAUUAGAGGACCACGUGUUAACCAGUCCAAUUUGUAUCCGAUUCAGGAGAGGCCCGAACGGGAAGAAGAACAACAAUUCCAAGACGUGGCUCCAUCUGUGAUUGGUCCGGACAUUACGUCGAUUCAGACAUUAUCAGAGAUCCUACCCGGUGACGCCAACACUAUACUGGAUACUGGCCUCGGUAAUCAGAUGCUGUUCCAGAAUUCGUCCGUGGAUUUGUCCUUGCGACAAGUCACCAUUCCGGACAUUCCGGUCACAUCGUCCUACCUGAACCAGGGGACAUCGGGCAUCGGAAACAAAUCGCCCGUUGGAAGGUCCCGAUUGCAGGCCGAGCACGGCAAUGCUGUCGAUGAACAAAGGCAAGCUGUAUCGACUUUCAGCAUACCGCAGAUACCGCAGCGUCGGACACCACCCAGUGAGCCCAUCACUGCAACUGUAACGGAACAACCGCAGGUGGAUCCGAAUAAUGAGACAUCUUCGGCCGCACCGGAUCACACAUCCCCACUUGGCAAACGACCGCUGAAUGACAGCACCGAUGUUGGGGAGCACGAGCUGCUGGUGGAGGAAGACGAAGAAGGCGUACCUCUGCCUCCUCCCCAGCGUACGGAGGAUGACCGGAGGACAUCAAUUAUCGCCGAUUUCGAUCUUUCCAAAUCGACGUUCCAAACCCAGAACAAUCCCAUUCCAUCGCCAUCGCCUCGGGCCCCUAAAGUUUCACGCAUAUCAUCACCAAACCCUCCACCUGUGGAGACCAUCCAUUUGGUCGAUUCCGAGGAAUUGCCAGCGCCUGUCGCAAUGGAAGACUUCCGCUUCGAUGAGACCCAAAUGGGUCCCUUGGCUGGGACGAAGAAGUCUUUCACUCAAGACAUUGUUACCGGAUUUCUCAAUACUCAAUCGGAUUUUUUCGAAACCCAAAUGGUCUCAAUCGGGCCAAUACUGCUAUUGUUAGGUUUAUGGGCCAGAUUGAUAAAGUUUGCAGUCGAAAAUCCAAUUCAUCGUCAUCAAGGCAUGGCCACUAAUUCGUUUAUUUCUGUUUUCUUUUUCUUCCAGAUCCUGAUUUCGAUGUUAAAACUUUACAUCACACUGCAACGCGAAUUGGUAGAACAGAAUCGAAAAUAUGUUACGAUGGAUCGACUAACUCAAAUUACGAACUCUGACAGGGUGCCCAGCGUCAGGCGUUUUCGUCAGUUGCUAACGUUGAAAAAGUGGGGCUUCAUCGAAAUAAAAGCUGAUGAGACGUCUGGCAUUCAGCGGAUCUUGUUAGACAAGAACAAACGGAAGAAGACACGUGGCUACACACCGAUGGACUAACCAUUACACCACUCUUUAAACAAUCUACACAAUGGAAACCUUACAAUCUACAAACGACGGCUACAUGAAACCUCAAUACCUACAAUAGCUUAGAACACGCUCCUCACUCAAUCCAUGCAUUUUCCCUAAUAAUCUAAUAAUCCUUCACAUACCUUUCAUAGCUAGCUAGUUACAUUUGCACUGUGUCACAAAUGUGAAACAAAACAAAAAAUAGAACCAUUGUAGGA